CCGUGGACAAUUCGAGCAGUUUUUCUCCGGUUCCUCAACCCGCUCUGCCACACUUCACCCAUGUAUCUUGAAUUGCUUGCAAGAUUUCAUAUUGCCAUCUCUGUUUAGCACACGGAUGAGUUUUUCUGCUUGGGUACCAACAACGAUUUUCAAUCCAUAUCAAAAGGUAUAAACACAGCUACCAUGUAUAUACACAGUGGCUUACAAAUGUAUGCAUGUAUUGGUUGACAUUGCAAGUGCGUCGGCAAAGGAUAAACAAGUUUUUAGAUCCAGAUUAUUGACGAGAGAACCAUCAGCAAUGGCUUCAAGAUCAUCCCAAUAUCGGAAGCGUCGUCGCUUUAUGGAAGAAGUGGAGAGAGAAAUAAACAAUGAUAUCAAUAAUAUGGAGACUUCCUCACCUGUCAUGGUUCCGGCAUCGACGAGCAGGAUGUUCACAGGACUUUCUUCCUUGCAGCAAAGCAACUUUCGAAGGCUACUUUGCUGUCUACUUUAAACUAGACCGCUGCGGGUACCUCGGCAGCGCUGAAACCAACAUCCGUGGCCAAAGCAGCUUGUUUCUCAUCGUUUAUUGGCGAUUCCGUAUCAUCUCCCUGAACCCUGCCUGUUGCUGCUGAAGCGCGCCGUGACCAGCCGCAAUCUGCAGUGACGCUGGUGGGGUUGGAGGAAGUCUGGCUCGAAGCUUCUCUCGACAACGCAUCGUUGCCUCUCGUUGGUUAGCGUUGCGUGGCUCGUUGCGGACGCGCCGAACAGUUUCAGGUUGUGUCUCUUCGUAUUACUCAAUGAUUUGCGACGCCAGGGCAACUCGUUCAUUGUAUCAUGCUCCCUGUAGUUGAACCGUGAUUCGCCUAGAAGCUUCGUAGAUAUGGCUCCAGUUCUCGACCUCGCGACAGGUGAGGUUGGAGGGUGUCCGUCGAAUCGAACCUGAUGAACCAUGGCCGAUAAGCUUCUGGAUUUUGCAGCAAAGCGCGGGCACUCCAACAACACGUGUUCCUCGUCCUCCGAAAUGCCGAUGAUCCACUGUCCUGACCUGUUUAAGCCUGUGCCUGGGCCAUAUGGAAGGUCGUGUCUCUGUGUUAAUGCGUUAAUCGCUGACGGAAGACGAAUUGCAUAGUACUGAUAGCAACUUAGGUGGGAAUGUAGAGUGUAGCUUUAGCUUGGAUGAAGAUACUAUCAAUACUCACAAUGACAGCACUGCAACUGUUGACGAAAAUAAUUUGGAUGAUAUAGAAGAUGAACAGGAAGAUUGUACUGAAGAUUUGUAUGACGCUUAUAACUAUUUGAAUGAUUUUCAAAGUUUGAAAGAAGCUUUAAGAUAUUUGGCAAUAAUGGGUCAUCUUUCUCGCAACUUUCUCAACUUGCUUCUAGCAAUUUUGAGAAAAUUUGGUCAUCCUGAACUUCCUAAAGAUGGUCGUACUUUACUUAAAAUUCCUAAAGUUAGCCAAGAGAUUCAGCAUAUAGCAGGUGGACAAAUGUGGUAUUCAGGGAUAGAAGUUGGCCUUCGAAAUUAUUUUAGGAAUCAUGUACCAGAGAAAAAUAAGUUUUCGCUACAUAUUUUUAUUGAUGGGCUUCCUCUCUUCAAAAGUAGUGCUACACAAUUUUGGCCAAUUCUUUUUAAAGUAAAAGAAAUUCCCGAUUGCCCGGUAAUGAUCGCAGGUGUAUUUUGUGGUCAGAAAAAACCGACCGACUUAGAGCCUUAUUUGCGACAGCUCGUAGAUGAAUUAAACAAUUUGCAAGUAAUAGGCAUGCUGUUUGGAGAGAAAGUUUGAAAAAAUUUUUGCCAAGGCUUUUGUCACCGAUACCCCUGCGCGGGCCUUUAUAAAAUCGGUAAUGUACUUUCCGGCAAAACAUGGAUGCACGAAGUGUACUCUCGUUGGAGAGUUUGUAAAACCGGAGCGCAAAGUAAUAUUUUGUUCACCACAACCUGCUCCACCACGCACAGAUGAAAGUUUUAGACAAAGACACGAUAUAGAGCAUCAUAAAGAAAUUCGAUCUCCUUUAGAAGAGAUUGAUGGAUUAGAUAUGAUCAGAAGUUUUCCCACAUCUGACCGACUUCAUCUUAUCGAUAUUGGCAACACUCGUAAAUUUUUGUACGGCCUUUUUCAUCAUAAAUUUCUAAGUUUUGUAAUAUGGUCUAGUGAGCACAAGAAAAAUGCCUCUCACUUUUUGAUGAAAACGAAACUGCCUUCUGAAAUACAUCGACCAUUUCGAUCUCUUGACACUCUUCAGUAUUGGAAAGCAACUGAAUUUAGGUCAUUCCUACACUAUAUUAGCCCUGUCAUAUAUAAAGAUUUUAUGCACCGUGAGGGCUUUAACCAUUAUUUGCUCUACUUUUGUGGCAUAACUAUUUUCUCAUCGUCAGUAUAUAAACAUUUAAACCCGCUUGCAAAAAGAAUGCUUCAACAAUUUGUAGUUGAUUUCCCACUGUACUAUGGUCGCACCCAUAUGAGCAGUAAUGUACACAAUCUUCUCCACGUAUUUGAUGACGUUGAAGAACUUGGUCCAUUGGACGAUUGGUCUUCCUACGAUUAUGAAAACUUUUUACAGUUUAUUAAACGAGAUGUUAAGACAGGUUCAAAAUGUGUGGAACAAGUAGCGGGCAGAUGCAAGUUAUAUGCCUCAAUUAAUGUGCAUCAUGGUCCCAAAGAAAAGAAAUAUCCCUGUUUGACUAUAGAUGGCUGUGGAGUGCAUGUUACUGAAAGCUUUGUUUUAAAACCAAAAUUUCGGGAUCAAUGGUUUUUAACAAAAUCAAAUGGUAUAGUGAAGUUUUUGAGAGCAGAAAUCUCUCCGCAGAAUUCCUUGGUUAUCGUUGGAAUCAAGUAUGAUGAUAAAGAAAAAUAUUUUACGGCUACAUUUAAAGAUAAUGUAUCUUUUGUAGAGAUACAGUCUAGUGAACUGAACAUUUAUAAACUAAAUUCAUAUUCACCAUCUACUAUGGUGACACUUGACCUUAAGUCUAUUAAAUGUAAGUUAGUUGCCGUUAAUUUACCCCCUCGUCCUCUUGUGUACUUUGAUGUUGAUGAAUUUCAAGAUUCUAUGCCUCCAUCUGUAUUAUUUUUUCCAUUAUUACACACUUUUCUUCCAAACUAACCAUAUUUUUUAUUUUAAAAUCAUACUUGUGACAUGUUUUGUCUUAGUGUAAAUUACAAUGUUUUUGGUUUUUUCAAAGGUUUAGGGUAAGGGUUUAUUUCAAAACUUGUGGUGGAGGGUAUAUCAUAGUAUAUAUAAUAUAUCAUAUAAUGUAUUAUGUAGAGGGUUUAGGUUGACGAUGUAUUACAUAACAUUUUCAAAGAGGGUAUAUCAUAAUAAAAGUAUAAAAUAGUUUUGAUCAGAUAGAUCAGCACGAAUUGUCGCUAGUACAUGCAUUUAAUAAUAAUUGUAAAAAUUAGUGACAAAACCAAGGGAUUCAUUACAUGUUUGUUGAUACUUUUUUAUAAAAACACAAUUAUUUUUGGUAAUUUGGACUUAUUACUACAUUUUAAUGACAAUGCCAAUCUUUAAAACAAAUUAUCCAAUCAACCUGUGAUCCAUAAGUAGUGUAAGAUCCACGACAGUUAUAACUAAAAUAUUAGAAUAGUUGAUUGAUCGUAUGGUAUCUUUUGAUCAUUCCGUACAAACACUAAUCUCCAACAUCUAUUUUUUUAUAAUACUACUCAACGUGUUUCGCAUCCCAUACGAGGAUACAUCGAGGAAAAGCUAUCCCCUUACGUGACAACUGCGCUUACUAUGGCAUUUCUUCCAGUCUCAACAGUUCCGCUUUUUUUCAGAUAAAAACUCUUUGGAACAUUGCUCAUAGCAAGGAUUUAUUUCGUAAUUUUGUAUAAUGCAUUUACACAACUGUAAUAACUUCUCCUCCAGGGCAUUCAUCUCUUCAAUGGAUUCUACUGUGCAAAAGGUUGGCGAAGGGGUAUUAUCCGUGAGGCUUAAGCAGGUGUUUUGAUUCACCAACAGUUGUUGCAUCAUCCCGGUCAGAACAUCGAGCUUGUUAUUCAUUACAUCGUUCUGGACCUUUAGCUGAGCUACCAUUCGGCGUAAAAUCAUACAUUCUUUUGCCAAAUCAGUUGGUGCUGGCACGUUGUUGUUUUUGUCCUCCAUCUAAAAAAGUUCAUCUUAUAGAGUUUCAUAGAGUAUUUAAACGUAUCCUAUGAGUAUUGUUUUACCUUGUGUAUGCAAAUCUAUAUCGACCAGCUAAGCUUUUUUGUCAAACAAUGAGGAGCUCUACACGAAGUGAAUCUAGUGAACAUUACAAUCUCUUAAAUUCUUUGAAUUCAAACGUGACAUUUCAUUUGGCGCCGAAAGAAAAU